UAACAAGCUUUAUUCGUAACUCGACUUGGAUACAGAAUUGGAGUUAGCAAUUUCAGGAAAUUCAGUUACUAUCGAGUUCAUGAUUUGCUGAAACUUUUAAAGUUCUGAAAUUUUUCUCACUUAUUUUCAAGGUUUUAAAGGUGUAAUUUUUUACGGAAUUGUCUGCUGAAAUUUCAGAAAUGUAUAAAAAGCAGAAAUUAAAUGUUAUAGUGAUGUUUGUCAUUGUUUUAUCUUUUUAUUACUUUCUGGUAUCAAAUGCAGCUCCCAUUGCCAGGCGUAUGGUGGAUAUGUCAUAUGUCUUUGAUGAAACAACAAUCAAUCAUCCUAUGCAUAGAAGAUUUGAAAUGACAGUUACAAUGAAUGGAACACAUCCAGGCGGAUUUUGGUUGCAAAUGGAAGAAUACGAAUCAGCAAGCCAUGCUGGCACACACAUGGAUGCUCCAUCUCACUUUGCGCAAGGGGGUUUGAACAUAGACGAGAUCCCUUUGACCAGCUUAAUUGUUCCAGCAGCUGUCAUCGACAUCACCGAACGAGCAAACCAGGAUCCAGAUGCAGAACUGAAUGUGGAUGAUCUUGUAAACUGGGAAUCCAUUACAGGACAAAGUUUAAAUGGAACAAUUGUGCUACUGAGGUCCGGUUGGGGUCUUAAAUGGCAGAAUCUAACAGCUUAUUCUGGUUCACCUAAUAAUGAUAUCAAUAGUUUGCGAUAUCCAGGAUUCGCUCCAGCAGCCUCACAGUGGUUGAUUGAUAAUCGAAAUAUUAAGGGAGUUGGUAUCGAUACAUAUUCUUUCGAUCGCGGAAUUUCACAAGAUUAUAUGUCUCAUAUCAUCCUCCUUGGAAAUGGCAAAUUCGGCUUGGAGAAUGUAGCUAACAUGGAAGAACUUCCUAUCUAUGGGGCUACACUAUACGUAAUGCCUAUGAAGAUGGGCAAAGCAAGUGGAGCACCAACUCGGAUUAUUGCCACUUUUCCAGAAGUAAUUUUUAAUCCAUCUGUUUCUAAUUAAUACUACUAAUAAUAUCAUUUACAAUAGUUCUUAAAAAGUGAACUGAUGAAGUCAAUAAAUUUCAAAAUACUAUA